AUGAGCCCCUUCCAAGCAUUCCAUGGUUAUCUUCCACCACACUUAGCUUUUCCUUCUUGUGCCACAACAUCUGUUGCUGCUGUUGAAGACUAUAUGAAACAGAGUGCUGCUGUCCUUGAUAUUCUGAAGGAAACCUUGCAUAAAUCACAAGAGAGGAUGAAGUUCUUUGAUGAUAAGACCAGAACUGAUAGAGUGUUUGAGGUGGGUGACAAAGUUUAUCUCAAGUUGCAACCUUAUAGACAAACUUAUAUAGCCUUGAGAAUAAAUCUCAAACUAGCAGCAAAAUACUAUGACCCUUUCACUAUUAUCCAGAAGAUUGGUGCAGCUGCAUACAAACUUCAAUUACCAGCAGAGACCAGGAUUCAUCCAGUUUUCCAUGUAUCCCAGCUGAAGAAACACAUUGGCACUAUCCACCAUCCUUCUCUACCUGUGCUGGAUACUGAUGGAUCCAUCUUGGUCAUUCCUGCAGCUGUCUUAGACACCAGAACUAUUUUUCGCAAUGGUUUUGCUGUUACCCAAUUACUCAUCAGGUGGACUAAUGCUUCUGUGAAGGAUGCUACAUGGGAAGAUGCAGCUCAUAUUGCCCACCAUUUUCCUAAAUUCAAUCCUUGA